AUGUCACGUCUAGGCUCGCCAGAUCCAGGCGCGUCAUCAGACAACCACCGCCUCCUCGACAUGGACGGCGAGUCCCAACGCGGAAGACCAGCAGAAGGUGCAGCAGCAGAUCUCAUGCGACGACUCGGUGUAUCUCCCGAACGAAGAAUUAAAGUUACGCCUGAAGAUGAUGCGCGUGUGUUGGGGAGGAUUGAUAUGGUUGUUCUGCCUCUUAUGCUGGCAGUUUACUUCCUCCAAGGUCUGGACAAAGCAACAAUCGCAUACGCCUCCAUCUUCGGCCUAAUAGAAGACACCCACCUAAAAGGCAACCAAUUCUCAUGGCUAAGCAGCAUAGUCUACGUCGCCCAACUCAUCGCGCAAUUCCCUCUCGCAUGGUUAUUGGUCAAACUCCCCAUUGGAAAAUUCACAGCAUGCAUGGUAACGCUUUGGGGAUUGACGUUGACGUUUAUGGCUGCUGCGCAUACUUUCCAUAGUUUGUUGUUCACGAGGUUUUGGUUGGGUGCGUUUGAAGCUAGUAUUGCGCCGAGCUUUGUUGCUAUUACGCAGAUGUUUUGGAGGAGACGGGAACAGCCUUUGAGAAUGAGCUAUUGGUAUGCUAUGAAUGGGUUUACGGGCGUUUUUGGAAGUUUGGCGACGUGGUGGCUUGCCCAACUCCCUCUUGGCCUAAAACCAUACCAGACCAUCUUUGUCGCCUUUGGAAUCAUCACAGUCUGCUUCUCAACAGUUCUAUUCUCCUACAUGCCCGAUUCCCCAGCUGAAGCCAAAUUCCUCGACAAGCACGAUAAACUCAUCGCUAUCGAACGAUUGAGGAUGAACCAGACAGGCGUCAUGUCUCGACAGUGGCGAUGGGAUCAUUUCUGGGAGACGAUGAGGGAUUUGAAGACGUGGCUUUGGUUCGCUCUCAUCUUUAGCAUCUCUGUUCCCUCUGGUGGUGUUGGGUCUUUUGGACCUCUUCUCAUCAAAUCGUUUGGCUUUGACUCUUUUGAGGCUAUUCUGUUUAAUGCGCCUUUUGGUAUUGUCCAGCUUAUUUCUACUGUUGGUGGAUCUUAUGUUGCGACAAAGUAUCACAAAAAAGGGCCCGUCAUCGCUUUUCUUGCUAUCUUUCCGAUUAUUGGAUGUAUGAUUAUGCUUUCAACGCCUCAUACACCCGACGGUAGAAAUACUCUACUUGGAGGAUACUACAUGAUCUCCGUCUUUCCAGGGAUAGUUCCGUUGAUCUACUCCUGGUCGUCCUCCAACACAGCCGGCGACACCAAAAGCAAAUGCAACUCAUCAGUCCUCUUCAUCGGUCAAUCCCUCGGCAACAUAAUCGGGCCCCUCCUCUACAAACCUUCUGAAGCACCCGAAUACCACAGAGGUCUAUCAUGGAAUUUACUUCUUUACAUGGCGAUCGAAGGCUUAGUCGUGGUAACGACUAUGUACCUCGCCUACUUGAACAAAGACCAUAGCCGACGUCGCGUUGCAGCUGGAAAAGAUGCUGUUAUUGUGGAUUACAGUUUGUACUCGCCUGAAGAAGCUGAUCGGUUGAGAAAAGCAAAGGGAGCGGAUGUUGAUGGGAAUGUGGGGGAUAAGGCUUUUGAUGAUUUGACAGAUUUGAUGAAUGAUGAGUUUCUGUUUGUUUUCUAG